GCUCCAGGACAUAUACAAGUUGCAAGUUUCUGUCGUUGAUAUUUCAAGAUUUGCUCUCUUAACAUAUAUUAUUUUGCCCGAAGCUCAGUUAAGAAGUCCAAGGUCUGGUGAUGGCACAUCCAGGAUUGGUGGCGGUUGCUGGAGGAUGCAUUUCGAUCGCUGCUGCAGGAUGGGUGUCAAUUGCUGCAGGAUCGGUGGCCUUCCCAGUAGCACUGAUGGAGGCCGAUGCGAGAGUGGGGGGACUACUGUCCUUUCCUCUAUUUUUUUUCGUGCUGGCAAUACUGAUGGCGAUCAUAAAAAGAUUGAUCAUAAAAAGAUUGAUGGUAGAUAAAGAUGGAUUAUAUAUAAAUGAAAUAAGCAUCGUUGCUAUCUGUGCAGGAUUGGUUACAAUUGCUAGAGGAUGGGUGGCGACAUUUGGAGGACGGGUUACGAUCUCUGGAGGAUGGAUGAUGAUCUCUAGAGAAUGGAUGAUGGUCUCUGGAGGAUGGGUGAUGAUCACUGGAGUAUGGGUGUUGAUGUCUUUUGUACGGUCUAGGAUCGACAGAGGAUGGGUGAUGAUCGCUGGAGGAUGGCUGAUGAUCACUGGCGAAUGGUUGGUGAUCCCUGGAGGAUGUUUGAUGUUCCAUGUAGGAUGGAUGUUGAUUGCUGCAGGAUGUGUUGCAGGAUGUCUCGAAGAAGGAUGGCUGUCGAUCGCUUUAGGGUUAGUGGCCUUCACAUUAGCACUGAUGGCGGCUGAUGCAAGAUUGAUGAUCUUGGUUGCAUGGUUGAUGGUUUUCGGUGCAAGUUUAAACUCAAAUGAAGAAAGAUCGUUGAUAUCGUUGACAAAAUGGCUAGUAUUGCUGGGAGCAAAAGCCUGUGUGAUCUGUGCAGGAUCGCUGGCUGUCACAAAAGAAUUGACAAAUAUCACUGACCUGUUGAUAACAAUCACGAAUAUCAAUGUGGCAUUCCUGGCGGGAUUUAUGUCGAUCACUCAUGCAGUAUUCAUGUUUAUCAAACAAGGAUUGAUAGUUUUUCAAUGAAUGAAACACUGAUGACGAUAGCAGUAAAGCUGUGAGUGAUUUCUGAAAGGUUUGAGUCAGUUUCUGAAAAAUUACGAGAAGACAGUCUCACAGUAACCCUUUCAGGCCACAAGGCGACAAUGAUGGAGAUUGCUGCGAUACUCACGACGAUUGUUCUUGUAGUGAAGAUUGUAGCUGACAGAUUGGAAGCGAUUGCUGCAUGGUUGCAGGCAAUGGCGUCUUGAAUGGUAUAUGAAAUUGUUUACUCCUAUUUGCGUAACUUCAAUUGUCUUACAGUCAUGAUAAAAAUUUGUGAUUUAAAAAAUUCGAGGUUGACACCUGACAUGGUUUGUACCGAUAUUUAUUCAAGUUUCUGUUCUAAAUCGUUUUAUAAGACAAAUUUGUAAA